CACACCCUGGCUCAACAUAACAGUGUCCCCAGAGCCAGGGCGUGACACUGCUCAUGCUGAAACAUCUCCAAAGGGCUGGAGUUGUAAAAAAUAUGACCCUGAACGAAUGGCUCUCAAGGGAGUCGUGCAAGUUGCCAAAUGGUGAGAAAUGGACAGUCAUCGGGGUUAAGCAACACAAGACAGGGACACAGCAUGUGGAAACUGUUUUGUUAGACGAGCAGGAAGAUGCAUGGUUGGAUAUGUACUACCGACACGUUCGACCAGCUUUUCUUCAAAACUCUGAUGACGUGGAAGAAGAUGAGAGAUUCUUCAUUUUCACAACUGGAAGAGCCAUCUACAACCCUUCCAAUGACCUACAAAGGUUUCAUGCCAAUAGCAAGACGGAUUUUUGAGACAAAUACCAAAGCCAGCUUCAGAGACGCAGAGAAGUCACUUGUUGCUGACUACUUGGCCCAUACAACUGCUACAGCUGACAGGCACUACCGCAUGAAGACACCAGGCAAUGCCUGCAUGGUAUCGAAGCUGAUCUCCAAAGUUGCCAUGUCCAGUAAAUCUGAUAGCGAGACUGCAGGCCCCUCCUGCGCAAGCACAAGUUAUGGAACAGGAGCAUUGUCCAGCAGCCAAAAGUUGGAUCAGGCACAGGCCUUGAACCUCUUCUAUCAACACUUCCCUGUCACAGUUGAUGGACAAUCAAUCAAGAAGAAGGACAGACUACUGAUUGCAGGAAAGCAUGAGAGAUUCUGUUAUGACAAGUGGAGAAGCCAGCAAGGGAAAAUGAGACGGGAUUAUGUGAUCGGUAAGACGCAGCUAAAAUAUAGUAAAGAGGAUGGCGAAGUGUGGAACGUCAUCCUUUUCAUUGCCAAACGAGACAUUCCGGUGCAGGAAGAACUGUUAUUUGACUAUGGGGUGUCAAGAAAAUAUUUUGGUGGAGUACGAGAAGAUUUGGAAAGGCUUGACAGCUAGGUCAGUCAGCUUGAAAUCACCAAGAACUCAUGGGACUCAAAACUCUCCUUAUACCCCCUUUUAAAAUGUGAAUCUGAAAUUGUUGUAAUAUAUUUAGCCAUGCAUGUUCGAC